UGUAUGUAUUUAUAAAUUUGUGAAGAUCGAUUGGACAACUUUCUAUCAUUUUUAAGUAUUUGUUGCAGACCGGUAUAAAAGUUUUAUUACAAAGCUAGCUAAAAAAGGUGUUUUUACAAUGAGUUCUGAACAGACGGAAAAUUCUUUAGAUGAGUCUAGUGUUACAAUGGUUGAUGUCUUGCAAGAGGAGCACGAUUUAGAAGAGGAAUACAAUGCUGUUUUAGGCGCUUCAGAUGAGAAAUGUUGCACAUAUUCUCAGGGAGCCAUUAAGAGGCAGGCUCUUUACUCUUGUUUAACUUGCUGUCCUGAAGGUCGUACUGACUUGAAUAAAUGCGCUGGAAUCUGUUUAGCAUGUUCUUAUCGUUGCCACGAAAAUCACGAACUUGUCGAAUUGUAUACAAAACGUAAUUUUCGUUGCGAUUGCCCCACGGAAAAAAUGUCUACCCAACAAUGCUGUCUACUUAAUGUUGGAUUGCCAAUACCACAAGAGUGUAAUUCCGAAAACUUAUAUAACCAAAACUUUCAAGGAUUAUAUUGUAAAUGUCAUAGGCCAUACCCAGACCCUGAGCGAACCACGGAAGAAGUGAUGUUGCAGUGCACAGUUUGCGAAGAUUGGUUUCAUUUGAUUCAUUUAGAUAUGUCUGAAUCCACAAAAAAAAUAGCUAACGCUGAUAUCUGUGCAGAAAUGAUUUGUGAAAAAUGUAUGGAAAAACACAUCUUUCUGCAAGAUUAUACUGGGCUGGCACUUGAUGCACUUGAUAAUUCGGACGAACCAUUGUAUAAGGUAACAUCAGAAAAUAAUUCGUUGUGUGAAGAUCACGACAACAAAUUACGUUCAGAUUUAGACAAGAGCAUUUCGGAUAUAAUGCAUAUGAAUGCGGUCGAAACGAUGUCGUCGGAAAAAAUUGUGGAAUCGCAAGUUAGCCCUACUAUUGAUAUUGAUGAGAAUACAGAUACUGAUGCUCCAGAUGCUAAACGACGGAAGAUCGAAAAUGAUUCCCUUUCGAAUACAGCUAAUGAAGAUAGUUGUCUUCGUCCAAAAGCCAAAACGGGUUACGUAGGAGGAGCUACAUUUUGGAAAUGUGACUGGCGUGAGGCUUUAUGUAAAUGCGUUCAUUGUUUGGAGCUCUAUAAAACUGAAAAAGUGGAGUAUUUGUUAGAUCCAGAAGAUUCUGCCAUGUCUUAUGAAGAGCGAGGUAAAAAACGUGGAGCAAUUGAGUCUACAUAUGAACAAGGUAUACGCGCAUUAGCUUCUAUUGGUCGAGUGCAGCAAAUAGACGCUAUAACAGAGUAUAACCGCAUGAAAGAUAAACUAAAGGAAUAUUUACAAACAUUUGCUGCUUCCAAAAAAGUUGUCACCGAAGCGGAUAUCAAUCGUUUUUUCCAAGAAAUGCGGAGUGAAAAAAACGCUGAUCUAGGUCAACCGUAUCUUUGUCGUUAAUCGUGAAUUAAUAUAUCAAGUUUCAAAGCCUUGCACAUACAUACUUAAAUUUGCACGGUGUCUAAUUUAUAACAUCAAAAAUAUACAUAUAUUCGAAUCAGUAUUUUCAUUUUUUUAAAUCACAUUCCGGACUCUACAUUAUUAGUCAAUAUACAAACAUUUUAUUUCAUAGUUCAAAAUUAUCGCAUAACAGUUAUAUUUAAUUAGUAAAUUAAAAUGUCUCAUGAGAUUUGUAAUAAAAUUCUUGUUUAAAAAGGUUCAUUAAAUCAAUAUAAUUCGGACCAUGAAAAUGUUGAGUAUUUGUAAAAACAUAUAUACAAAUAAAUCAUUUUAUUCACA